GCGCCCUAUAGACACCCUUGUUGAAGGAUUGAAAUGAUAUUUUUCAUGUGUGAAAGGGUCUGUAUGAUUUAGUAAUUUGCCCUUAAAAAAAAAUAGGUGGAUUAUUGAUAGUAAUUACUGUUCACGUAAAGGUGAUUGCGGGGCACAGUGGCAGUUCAUUUUCACGCGUUUCAGAGAUGCAAUUGAAUUAGCGCGAGUAAUCGAUUCACAAAAAUUUGAAGAAGGCUACGGAAAUGUGUAUAGCGGUGUUUCUAUGGAAAGCUCACCCACUCUACCCAUUUCUUAUUUUGCUCAACCGAGACGAGUAUCACAAUCGGCCCACAAAAUCUUUGGCAUGGUGGGAGGGUGGUGAGAUACUGGGUGGCAGAGAUGAGCAGGCGGGUGGGACAUGGUUGGCUUCUACCAGAGAUGGAAGGCUGGCUUUCCUUACCAAUGUUCGGCAACUCAAGUCUAUCCCUAAAGCCAAGAGCAGAGGAGACUUGCCUGUUCGAUUCUUAAAGAGCAAGAAAAGUCCAAUGGAGUUUGCUGAGGAAAUCAUUAUCGAGGCAGAUCAAUACAAUGGAUUUAACCUGAUAAUAGCUGAUCUCUGUUCCAUGACCAUGGUUUAUAUCACCAACAAAAUAAAAGAUGAUACCAACUUUGUGACUGAUGUUUCACCUGGCAUUCAUGUGUUAUCCAACGCAAGCCUAGACUCUCCUUGGCCAAAGGCGACACGGUUGAAGGAUAGUUUUGAGGAUUUACUGAAUAAAUAUGGUGAAGGUGAAGCCCCCAUAAAAGAGAUGACUGGAGAACUGAUGAGGAACAUGAUUAAAGAUGAGGAAAGUAUGCUGCCUGCCAUUUAUCCUCCAGAGUGGGAGUACCACCUAAGUUCCAUUUUUGUUGAAGCAGAAACUCCUCUGGGGCGUUAUGGUACAAGAAGCACCUCUGCACUGUCAAUGAAGGCAAAUGGAGAGGUAUGCUUUUAUGAAACACAUCUGGAGAAUGAAUCAUGGGAAGAGCAGACUGUGACCUACCAGAUUGCGAUAGCAGAGUAGACAUUUUACUUGUUUGUUCAGGUACGUUCCCAAAUGAUGUGGCUGGUAGUCUUUCCUCUACCAGUUUCGCUGAAUAAUCCUGUUAAGUGGAUGCCAUCCCUGGCUUCCUUGCAUUCCACAAUGUCUGGUAAUUUGUUACGACUAAGACGUGUUUUGCCUCAACUUGUGUUUUUAAAUAAGGAAUCGGUGAUGUUAAAUAAUCUGGCACCAUAUUGUUUGAUGUGCAUAUUCUGCUUAAUUUCCGAGGUUUUUGUUUUUUUCUUUUGCCAAACUGCGAAACAAUAGUUCAAG